GUGCACUGUUGCACUGACCAUCGUCUCACUCAUCUCAUCACCGCUUUCCGUUUCGCUCGUCCGAUCCUCAUCACCAGCUCGGGAGGGAGGUCGGGAGAGAGCACGGACGAUGUGGCACGCCGCGGCGGCCCCCAACAACCUUCACCCGGCCGUCGCCACAACAUCGUCCCCUGCCCUUCGCCGUGCGAGGUGGCCCAUCGCUCGACCCUCGUCGUCGGUGAAGGUCCAGUCCUCCACCAGGAACGGCAAUGGCUCCGCUGACAACCUGGACCACCUGCAGAGGGCGUCCAAGGGCAGGCAGCAGCGGCAGGGGGCGAGUGCUCCAGGCCCGAGGGCUAGAAGGGUCGUCCGCACCACACCAUUCGGGCUGUGGUGGGACAGCUUCCCGGAAGCAAGGACGCUGGACCAGAUGGUGCGGACCAUCAUGGACGCCGACGACGCUGACACCGACACCCGCUUCGGCGGCGUCGUGCCUGCGGCGGCGGCGGCGGCCCCCACCGCCGUGCCGCGCGCCGACCACGGGCGGACGCCGUGGGAGGUCAGGGAGCGCGCGGGGGAGUACCUGGUCCGGUUCGACAUGCCAGGGAUGGCGCGGGACGACGUGCGGGUCAGCGUGCAGGACCGGACGCUCGUCGUGGCCGCAGAGAAGAAGCAACAGCCUGCUGCUGACGGCGGCGGCGACGAGGAGGGAGAUAAUGAGGAGGAGGCGUGGCCGCCGGCGAGCUUCGGGCGGUACAGGACGCGGGUGGAGCUGCCGGAGAACGUGGACGUGGAGAGGAUCGCCGCAGAAGUGAAGGACGGAGUGCUGUACCUCACCAUCCCCAAGCUGUCGGCGGGGGCCAAGGUCGUCAACAUCCAGGUGCAGUGAUGCUGUGGGUCAGAUUCAUCAGGACGAUGAGCACCUGCUGCCGUGCUUUUCGCAGCUUCUAGAAUCUGGAUGCUUGGGACGAGAGCGAUAUCGAUCUAGCUACCACUCUUCUUUUCACUCUUCUUUUUCUGUUUCGUUCCUCGAUUUUGUUUGCUAUGUCACACAUGGUAAAUCUUGGUAGUUGGUGCCAGAAGAUAAGGUGUAAUCUUUGACCUGUUUGGAACAAAUUCCAGAAUCGAACGCAAGAGAAUUUAAAUAUUA